AUGGGAGUCAUCACGAAAGACGUGAGCAAUUCUCAAGUUCAGCUCGUCAAAGCUGCAGAUAAAUCGAGCACCACUCGCCGCUUUGUUGUCAGCGCAUAUGACAUGUUGCACACGAGAGAGCAAGUAUCCAAUUAUCCUUUCGCCGAAUAUGUGUUCGAGGCACUUGAUGAGCUCGAUGGUACUACUCUCGAGCAUACCCGAGUUGUCAACGGCUUCUUCCUCGACUACUAUGGGAUGCCCCACUGGAAGACAUAUAUGCACCCCUGGAUAAACUUUGUGAACGUUGAGAAGAAAUGGGCCGUGAUUUCAGGUGACGGCUCCGCUAAGGUCAACUUGAUCACGUCUCAGGACAUGGCAAAGUUCAUCGCGCGCCUUAUGGAUUUACCCAAGUGGUCGAGAGUUAGCAGCAUUGCUGUUGAGACGAAGUCAAUACUGGAGCUUCUUGAGAUUGCAGAGAAGGCACGAGGGUCAAAAUUCAAUGUUGUACACGAUGACCUAGAGAAGCUGAAGUCAGGGAAAAUCUCGUUUAUAUCCGAGUUUCCUGAUAUCGGACUCAGCCAGGACGAUGCGGAGGCUGUAUUUGCCAAAAUACACUAUUAUGCUGGAACCAAUGCAGUUCUGGUUCCUACAGAGGACACUUUGAACUCAAAGUUUCCAGAUAUUGCCACGAAGACGGCAGAGGAAGUGAUUGAGGAAUCAUGGAAGGGAAAAUAA